GAAAAUGAGAAUCAACUUUUAGCUAGACCUAAAAAAGAAGCAAUUGAUCGUAUCAUUAUUAAAGCUUUUGCUAUAUGUGGGUUGCUGUUUUCUACAAAUCCUCAAGAUAUUUCAAUUUAUAAUUUUUUAAUAAUGACCUCCGAACAUAAAGAAUUUUUAUAUGCUUUUCAUGAUUUGUCUUAUGUUAGUCAUAUGGCUAAUUUACUUUUUGACGAAAUUGAAAAAAUUUUAAUCAAAAUUGAGCCUAAUAAAUUCGUUGGAAUAAUUUCUGAUAAUGCUUCAGCUAUUGCUGCUAUGCAUAGACAAAUUAAUCAAAAAUACCCCUCUAUUAUGAACCUUCAUUGUAUU